AGUGCAUUACUCUUGCUUUUAUAUUAAUUAACAAACAUUAUGUUAAAAAACUGCAAUAUCAGUUUUUGUAAUAAGGCUGGACUCUACAAAGUACUUAGCCACUCAUAUUUUAUCUAGUUAAGUCAUCAUAAUAAUGACAAUCUGCGACUAAAAUCAAGCUACUUUGUAAACGCCCUUAAAUAACUUUGUAUGUCGUACCGCGUUCGGGUGUUUCCGCCAAUAGCCGAACGGCUCCUGCUGUCUUUAUUUUCAGUCGGAACCCGUAGCCGUAGCUGACGCCGGCGUAGCACGGCAGUCGUGUUGUGGCCCUCGUAGCGUUACAAGGUCUACGCUCCCCUCUACAACAGUAUUGACGCAGAGAUUUUUCUCCUAUCACUGUAACUGCAAUUGGACAGUUUAUUAAAAAAAUAUAAUAUCAGUAUUAUUGACAUUGGUGUUAAAUUAUUUGUUUGUUAAAAAGUGCUUGGAAAAUUACUUAUUGCAACAGAUUCAAUGAAAAAAGAAACAACGGGUUUAAAUAAAAUGCUGGAGCUGAAAAUUCAGUUGGUGAAACAGCGUAUGAAGUAAACGUUGUUCGUGACAUUGUCGUUUUAGCCAUGUAUCGUAAAGUAAUGUAUGUGGCGGUAGCCGCGCUGACACUACAAAUAAUUGGUGCAGCGCAGCUGAUGUGUCCGAGUGACCCUAACUGCGUUUGCGGUGGCACGCUCGCCGUUGAACUCAAUUGCAACAUCGAUGGUCGGAUGGUAACAAUAAAUUUGCUACCGAACAUCUACAUUAAUAUUAAAUGCGAGAACGCAUCAAGCCUUGACUACAGCAAACUACCAAAAUGUGCCAAUGAAAUGAGUUCGUUUAAAUCUGUCAGUUUCAAGGAUUGUCCUUUGCCAUCAUCUUCGUUCAAAGAAGUGCUGUCAAAUAUUGGAGUAUCCAAAACCAUGGCAUUGAUAUUCCAAAAUGCAAAGAAUUUGUCAGGAUAUUUUGACAGAAAACAUUUUGCAGGAUUAGACGAUUUAACAAAGUUACUGUUAUCAAUAAAUGGGGUCACACGCCUACCAGAUAACUUAUUCGUGGAUAUCAACAAGUUAACAUGGCUCAACAUAAGAUCAAAUACCAUAAGUCUCUCUGAAGAAUUGUUCAAGCCACUAGAAAAGUUAGAAACUCUAGAAAUUAGUCACAAUCACAUGACUAAUAUAUCUUCGAAUUUAUUUUCACAUUUAUCCUUCUUACGAAAACUUUCUCUGUGGCAAAGUAACGUAACCUGGUUCUCAAAGGAUCUUUUCAAUGGCGUUGAUGUUCUCGAAGAAUUGGAUCUGAGCUCUAAUGGGCUCAAUGAACUCCCUGCGUCGAUCUUUAAGCCUUUACGAAAAUUAAAGAAACUGACUUUGUUCUCCAACAAGUUCUCGUCAUUACCAAACAAUUUGUUCAAAAAUAACGGCGAACUGGAAACAGUGGUGAUACUAAACAAUGAUGUCAAGCUGAAGGAGCUGCCUAAGUACCUUUUUGGUGAUUUGCCAAAUUUGAGGCAAAUAUACAUUCAAAGAAGUGGUCUUGAAACCGUGCCGCACGACGUUUUUGCCAAUUCCCCGCUAAUUACGAACAUAUCAUUAGCAUAUAAUGACAUAACGACGUUGCCGGAAGACAUUUUUAAUGAUCAAAUAAAUUUGCUGGAAUUGGAUCUGAGUUAUAAUAAAAUUACCGAACUAAAGCCGAAACUGUUUUCAUCUUUAGUGAGAUUGGAAAGGCUUAAUCUAUGUCAUAACUCAUUGGUAGAAAUUUCUGGCCAAACCUUUUCAUCGCUUCUGAGCUUAAUAGACUUAGAGAUGGAGCACAAUAAUUUGAAAACGAUUUCAUCUUAUUUGUUCAGUAAUAACAAACAGCAUAUGUCAAUAUCAUUGGCUUACAAUCAACUAGAUUUCGAGGGCACAGAAUUGAUCAACGAUACAUGGCAAAUAAAUAAAAUUUCGCCGUUUGCGGAAACUUACAACUUGAAGCUGUUGAACUUAAGUCACAAUGAGUUUAAAGUUUCAUUUAAAGACUGGUGGGUCAACGGCCAUGAGAAUAUAGAUGUCAGCUACAACAACAUUACAAACCCUAUGCCUGAAGAUGAAAUAACCUGUCCUCUAAAUCCAGUGAAGAAACCGAUGACACAUGUUUGGCUUUCCGAAAAUCCAUUAUCAUGUGAAUGCCCGACCGUUUACUUCGUUGACCUUAUACAAAACGAUUUGAAUAUGAAGAUUGUCGACGAUGCUCUUGGGCACUGCGGGAUACUAUUUUUUCACGGCGAAUGUUAUACGAAGUUCUAUGUAAUCAUUAUUUUGAUGCUCAUCGCCUCACUGAUAUACUUAGGUAUAACCGUAUAUGUGGUCCGUAACAGACCAAAAAUCAAUGCGUUCUUAAAGAAAAGGUUAGGAUUUAUACCCUUUUUUGGGAAACGGCGACAGGUUAAGAAUGCGCAUAAAUUAAAUUUUAAAUAUUGUGAUAAAGAUGAAGAAUUUGUUCGCAAGGAAAUAUUCUCAGUAACCCAAGAUAAAAAGCCACCAAAACUAAUUCAAGAGUAUCUAGAGCAAAACAGAAAUGAAAGAAGGUGUAAUAGUAUUGAGAUCUUAACAAAAGUUUACGGACCUCCGGAUACUUUCAAGCGCACCACGAUCGUCAUUUUCUCUUCAAACUAUUUAACGACGCAUUACAGUCAUGUUGACAUCAAGAAGAUUCAUAGCGAAAUGUUAAAAAUGGAGAACACAAUUUUCGUGUUCGUUGAUAACGGCUCCGAGGAUUCAAUUUACGCAUUCCUUAAAGAACAACGUGAUGUGAAGAAAAGUAUUGUAUGGGACGAAAACGAUUUCUGGGACAAAUUGAUCAUUAUGAUUUCUGAAGGUCGUGCCUCGGCUAAAACCUUCAAUCUUAAAAAGAAGAAUAUUGAGAAAUUUCCCUCUAAACCAGUAAAAAAUACAGCUUCUGAUAAUGAACUGGACUCGCCGACACACAGCCAAGUUUAAUUUCACUCUCUAUGUAUAAUUUAGCGAGGUAAAGACUGACUUUUCCGCUACGUCAACAUGUGAACUCAAUCAUAGUUUCCAAAUCAUUUUUUUUUAUGUCGUUUGUGUUAUUAUGAUCUAGAUCUAAAUACGGAUAUGGCUUGUAUAAAAAUUUUAUAAAACUAUUUUAUCAUGUAAAAAUUAUAGAUAAUAACUUAUUGUUUGUAACAGUAAUUGUAUAGUAAGCAAAACCAAUCGUAGCUCUGCGGUUGAACCAUUGAUGCCUACUUCAAAGAAGUGUCAUUGAUAAACAAAUGGCAAAUGUAAUCAAUAUAUAAGCGUUUCUUUCAUGUACGUGUAAAUAAAUUUAAUAACAUUAUUAUAAACAAAAACAUUAAAGUUUCAUGGAAACUCCAUGUUGUUAAGAGUUGUAAACUGCAGCUUAUAAUAAAACCUAUACUUUAACAACAAGGCA